AUGGCUCAAGGUGCAAUCAAGAAGUCCAAGCCUCCGCCGGCUAAGAAGCCAACAACUCUAGGCCCAAAACGAGGCGCAAAGACCAUCGCACCUAAGAAAGCGAAACUCAUAAAACAACAGAAAAUGGUCAAGAAAUUAACGUCCGGUCUGACUGGGAAGACUGAGCGAUUGCUUGCUGAAAAGGCGGGACAUCUGGAGUUAUUAAAGGGAACAAGAAAAGAUAAGAAGGGAGACAACAAACAGGCCUCGAAAAAGUGA